AUUUAGAACAAUUUAAGUGAAACUUACUUUCUUGUAAGUUAGUUUUGUCCGAUUUAAAGGGCACUAAGAUUUUUGAAGUUAAACAGAAAUACUUGGUCAGAAUUAGUUUUUGCAGUGCAGCUCCACGUUUCCUCUCUGGUCUUCCAGGCGUCUCGUCUUGUUCAUUUGAUGAAACCAGUUCGCCUCCCAGUUCCUCCAGUACAUCCCAGAGCCGUGGAUGGAGGGAAACUCGGACCUGCUGGGAUGAAGAAUCCCGUCUCCAUCCUGGUUGGAGGAGAUGUGAGGAACCUUCUGCUCUCUGGCUUCCUGUCUGCUGGGAUUACCAUAAUCCCACCUUAACUCCUCACAGCUGAGAGUCAGACAGGAACAGGUGGCUGCUCCUCCUCCUUCUCCUCUUCCUUCUCCUCUUCCUCACUCUCUCCUGGCUCAGUCCGGCUGAUCUCUGCUCUGCUGCCGGUUGGGAUGAAGUUCAGUGGUCCGCCUGACUCGCUGGUGGGCUAACCGAACCCAGAGCUCCGUCUGUCAGGCUGCAGAUCAGGAAGGAUCAGAGGAGGGGCGUCGCUCCUGCUGGGAAUAAUGGGAGCUUCUUAUGGGAAGAAGAAAUCGUACAGCAUCGACCAUGAGCCUCUGUCCAGACAGCCAGGGGCGAAGAACCGGAAGCAGCCAAAUGGCAGAGCUUCGGCGUACUCUGACCUGCAGCAGCAUCGCCCCGGUGACGUCCACAGGAGGUCGUCCCCGGCAUCCAGCUGCGUCCCCCCGCCUGACUACAUGGACGGAGACGAGGACCUGAUCAAACCCAAGAAGCUGCUGAAUCCCGUCAAGACGUCCAGGAGCCACCAAGAGCUGCACAGGGAGCUGCUGAGCAGCUGCAGACGGGGGGGCAGCGGCGUGGAGACCAAGCCGGAGCUGCAGCGGGUUCUGGAGUCCAGGAAGCGGGAUCAGCUGAUCCGCCAGAGGAAACAGGAAGAGGAAGCGCGCAAGAAGAUUUCCCCGCUGGAGGCCGAGCUGCUCAAGAGACACAUGAAGCUGGAGGAGCUGGAGCGUCAGCAGGAGCAGCAGGAGGAGGAGAACCUCAGAGCUCCAGAGUUUGUUAAAGUCAGAGAAAAUCUGAGACGGACGUCCUUCCAUGCAGACGAGAAGGAGGUGUAGAGACGGAGACACAAAGUGUCCAGAAGGUGACAGGAGGACAGGAUGUUCUGGGGACGGAGCGUCCAUAGCAGGACUCUGCGAGGUCGGGGACAUGGCGGCCAUGAUGUCUCCCAGCAGAUGUUAAACCUGUCAGAUCCCUGAUCUGAUGCUAAUGUUUCCGCAUCAUGAUGAUUGUUAGACAGCUGCUGCCCCCUGGUGGUCAGCUUGUAGACAGCAGCACCUGGAUGAGCAGGUAGACCCACCUUAAGAGGAAGAUGAGGCUCUUCAUCAGCCUGAUGAUGCUUUGAUUAGCAGAACAGAUUUUCUGCUCUCUCAUUGGUCAGGACGAUCCUCGGGUCUUUCAGCUCAAACUUCUUCUUCUUUGUGCCUUUUCUGUCAGGAACCGUUCCUCUGGGUCCUCCUGCCGCAGAAACAAGUUUUAUGUAGGUUUUAUUAAAACCAGAGCCGUUUUAUAGGCGUAACCAUGUUAGAUCUGUGUUGUAGAGUUCAGCUCAGUGAGUUCAAGCUAACUCCUGUAGGACGUCUAACAGCUGCUAACAUCUGGCCCGCCCAGCUGUCCCUCUGCUGGGACCUGAUGAUGCAAAACAGCUGCAGUCACGAACCGACAGAGGAACCGCUGAGGCCGGGUCGGCAUGAGACACGAAACCACUUCCUGUCUGAGCGAGAACAGCUGCAGAGAUUUCACAGCAAUUCAUGCUCAGACGAUGGACCGUAGGUUUGUUGACUGAUGUUGUGCCUGAAUAAAUCUUUAUUAAAGCA